ACUGUCUUCCCAGCAAAAAGGCCGUUGCACCAUUAAAAAGCCACAGCCCCACCACGUGUCUUUCUUCCUUCUCCAGUCUCCACCUUCUUUUUUUUAUGUGUCAAAUUCAAACCCAAAAUAACAUCAAUUUUCCAAAAUUUAUUCUUUUGCCGUUCCAAAUCUCUUUUCCUACAUCAAAAUCUGUGCGUUUCAACAAUUUUUCAUGUUUAUCUCAAACUUACCCACAUUGCCCAAUUAUAUAUUCCAUGCAAAAUCUUCCUCAAUUGAUCCAAGAUUUCGACACCCAUUUUCUCAUCAACCCCUUUAACAAUAUGUCAUUUCCUCUAUGAUUUCUCCUUAAAUAAAAAGAUUCAUUCUUGGAAAUUAAAUUUGGGAUUUUCUGGGUUUUUGGGUUUUUGAAAAUGAAUGAGCUUAGCGAAGAAAAACAACCUGUUUUUGAGAUUGCUUUAGUGUUUUCAAAGAAAGAAGAAAAAGAUGAAGAAUAUGAAGAUUAUAAUGAAGUUAUGGAAGUUUUGGUUGAUCAAUUAAAGAAAACUGGUUUGUUGGUUGAGACUGUUCCUGGGCUUGCUCAUGAGUUUAUUAAGUUGGCAGCACCUUUGGAGGCCCUGGGUAAGGCUGCAGCAGAAUUGCAGAUAAGAAAACGAACAAAUAUCGGAAUGGACUUGGCUUUUGAUUGGGAUCAGGUUAAGGCCUUUGCAAGGCAGGCUGAUGGCUCAUUGUUUAGUUGGUGUGAACGACAUCAUUGCUAUCAUCAUUUGAUUCAUGGAAUAGUCAAUAGAAGUAAGUUGGCUGUACCCCUUAAAUAUGGCAGCAAAAAGUUCUACUGGGAACUCUGGGAGCCUCUUCUCCAGAGACUGGAAACAGAAGGCAUUCUGAAAGAAGUAUUUCCUUUGCAUGAUGAACAGAAAAAGAAGGAGAUGGUGAGCAGUUGGGCAUUUAACAUUUGGGAUGUCACAAGGCAGCCAAUUGAUGACAUAUACUUAUACUUUGGGACCAAGAUAGCAAUAUAUUUUGCUUUUCUUGGAAUGUAUACUCAAUGGUUACUCUUUCCAGCAGUAUUAGGGAUCGUCUUGCAUUCAGUUGACUUUGGAUCGCUGCAGUUUCUGGCUCAUCCAGUAUUUUUCAUAAGCAUCAUAUCAUGGGCUGUGUUCUUCUUCCAGUUCUGGAAACGGAAGAAUUAUGCUCUUAUAACCAGAUGGAACAUCAGUUACACAGUUGGAACAGGACCUGGACACAAGAUACUUGGAAUGGAUCUAAACUCUAGGCAGCAUCCCUUGGAAUUUGCAAAGAAACUGGAAGCAGAUAAUGCUAUAGAGAAAGAAGCAUAUCAAAGAUAUGAAUGGAAAGGACGUCUAAAGAGGAUCAGAAAUGAUGCUGUCAUUAUUUUGAGCAUUAUUUGUCUUCAGUUGCCAUUUGAGCUAGCAUAUGCGCAUCUUUAUGAAAUAAUUGGAUCGGAUAUCAUAAAGUUUGGGCUGACUGCUGUCUAUCUACUUAUUAUCCAAUAUUUUACACGAAUUGGGGGCAAAAUAUCUGCUGAUCUCAUAAAAAAUGAAAACAUCGACGACAAAGAGUAUCGAGCCGAUAGCUUGAUUUACAAGUUGUUCGGACUUUAUUUUAUGCAGACAUAUAUUGGAGUUUUCUAUCAUGCUCUGCUCCACCGCAAUAUUAUGACACUUCGCAAAGUUUUGAUCCAACGCCUAAUUGUUUCAGAGGUUUUUGAGAAUCUGCUUGAAAACUCUCUCCCAUAUCUUAAGUACAGCUAUAAGAAACAUGGAGCAGUUAGGUUCAAGAAGAAGCACGAUAAGGGGUCAUCAAAAGGGAAGGUAAAGGUCAAUUCAAGAGUAGAGAAAGAGUACCUGAAAUCUGCUUACUCUGCAAGCAUUGGAGGAGAACUUGAAGAUGGACUUUUUGAUGAUUUCUUGGAGUUGGCUCUGCAGUUCGGAAUGAUUAUGAUGUUUGCAAGUGCAUUUCCCCUCACAUUUGCUUUUGCCGUUGUGAACAAUAUUAUGGAGAUCAGGACAGAUGCGCUGAAGUUGCUUGUCAUGCACAAAAGGCCUGUUCCUCGUGCUGCUGUUACAAUUGGAGCGUGGCUGAAUAUAUUUCAGUUUUUAAUAGUGAUGUCUAUUUGCACCAACUGUGCACUUUUGGUUUGCCUAUAUGACGCGGAAGGGAAGUGGAAAUUGGAGCCAGGGCUCGCUGCGAUUCUGAUCAUUGAGCAUAUCCUCCUCCUGAUAAAGUUUGGCUUUUCCCGUUUUGUCCCUGAGGAGCCUGCGUGGGUAAGAGCACGUCGUGUGAAGAAUGCAACGCACACUCAGGACGUGUCUAGACAACUAUUGAGGACCAUUUCUGGUGGUGAAAAGAUGUUCAACCCGGCAGAAGCAAUUAAGGAAUCUUAGAAAUGCUUGCUUUUGUACAUUGGUAUAGAAAAGUUUUGUUAGGUUCCCUUGUAUAUGGUACAUAGUUUACAGAAAUAUCCCCGCCAUUGUGUGCCGUCUCUGUAUCAUAUGUUAGUAUCUUACUUUCUUCCUGCCGUUUUUGCUGUGUGCUUGAAACUGUACUUGCUUCAAGUUGUAUAGGUGGGUAGUCAAUGUUCAGCUUUGCUCAAAAUCUUAAUGAGAAUUACAGGCGCAUAUAUGGUGAAGCCAAA